AUGGAGAACGUGCUAGCGAGACCACCUGGAUCACGGAAGAUUCCUGCACAGGAUAAGUUCGAUAACAGUCGACGGCCCCUUGGGACGAUAAAGAAUGUCGACGAGAACGCGGGAAAGUUGGAGAAACUAAAGGAAAAUGACCCUAUCCUCGCCAUAAAGGUUCUCGACCGCGCUCAUUCUAAGGCCCCUAUAGUAAAACAACUCCGUAAUGAACUUCAAGAAGCUCAUUCUUACAAUCAAGUUCUUGAACAGAAGCUGCACUUUCUUCAAGACGAGCAAACACGUACGCAGGAGGAAAUGUCUCGAUUACUUGCUAAAAUACGAUCCUUUCGGUGUUUUGAAACACGUCUUCAGAGUUUUGACAAUAGGCUACGGGUAAUGGAAGACAAAGAAUGUGAACCGUAUCCGUUUGAAUUGGAUGCGAGUGAUGUAGAGACAAGUGCAGAUAUUGUGGAAGCAAGGAUUGAGUACUUGGAAUUACCAAAGCAUGAAAGACAUGGGCAAGCGCAUAGAGAUAGUAUCGUGGAACAAACCAACCUGAUGGAGGACAUAAUGGUCAACAGAGAGGAAUAUGCGGCCGUCGUUGAAGAGAGGGAGAAAUACAAGAAGGAAGCAGAUGAGAAUUGGCAGAUAGUUAAAGAGUUGGAAGGGAUGUUGAUGGAGAAGAAUGAGGAGAUUGAAUAUUUGCAAGGGCAGCUGGUUGUAGGAAUUGGGUAUACUGAGGACGAGAAAUAG